AUGGCACGUACUAAGCAGACCGCUCGGAAAUCCACCGGUGGUAAAGCGCCGCGUAAACAACUGGCCACCAAAGCAGCCCGUAAGAGCGCACCAGCAACCGGCGGUGUUAAGAAACCACAUCGCUACAGGCCCGGUACCGUCGCUCUCCGUGAGAUUCGUCGCUACCAGAAGAGCACCGAGCUCCUCAUCCGCAAAUUGCCGUUCCAACGUUUGGUGCGUGAAAUCGCUCAGGAUUUCAAGACCGACCUCCGCUUCCAGAGCUCCGCCGUGAUGGCCCUUCAAGAGGCUAGCGAAGCUUACCUAGUCGGGUUGUUCGAAGAUACCAACUUAUGCGCGAUUCAUGCAAAACGCGUAACCAUUAUGCCGAAAGACAUACAGUUAGCGCAGAAUUCGCGGGGAACGAGCUUAAUAAACUCUACUCUACCGAUUGUGUUGUGA